GUCUCACUCAAAACUCACCUUUUAAUUUCCUCUUCCAGUCUGAACCUUCUUCUUUAGUGUCUUUAGCUCUCCUUCUAAGCUCUGGUAAGUGUUGCUGCUAGCUCUAGCUCUCUCUUUCCAAUGGCUUCCCUAGUUUCAGCUCAACAAGUCUCAGAAUCACUCAAAUAUCAGACAUGGAUCUUGAGAGUUUCUAUCCACUGUGAAGGUUGCAAGAGGAAAGUCAAGAAAGUUCUACAAAAAAUUGAUGGUGUUUACACCACAGCUAUUGACUCACAGCAAAACAGAGUUACAGUCACUGGAAACGUCGACGUUCAGACCCUCAUCAAGAAGCUGAUCAUGAAAGCAGGUAAGAAAGCAGAGUUAUGGCCUGCAAAUCUCACUGGGAAAGACCAACACUCCCUGAAAGCCAAGAACAAGGACAAACAGAAAGGCCCAAAUCACAGUGAUGAGCAGAACCCAUGUGAGAAAGUUGGAGCACUCAAGCUUAGCUCUGCUAAAAACAGAGCAAGUACUGCUACUCAGGCCGACCCACCUAAGGUUUCCGGCGAUAUGUCGCCGGAAAUGACUACCGGCGGCAAGGAAUCUCCGGCCAUGAACCUUCAGAGCAAUGAAAGUGAGAAAAGAAGUGUCAGCAAAAGGAAGAAAAACGAGGAGCCAAAAGAUUAUGAGAACAGGUGGUGUAAUUUGGGUCCUACAGGAGGCUCUGGUGCACCUGCAAGCAGAGGAUCUCAGCCCCUGGAUCAUCCAGGUGAUCGCAGCCAUACACGUCAGAUGGCAUUCCUGUAUCCGAUGGAUUACAACUCCCCUCUGGUGUAUGUUGCGGGUGGCAGUGCAGCUGCUAGCAUGGGCUUGGCUCCUAAUUUUUAUCAUGUUCCAUCACCACCGUUCACGUGGGCAACAACUAGUCAUCAAGAGAUUGAUGGGGUGAUGAAGAAGGCAACAUGUCUGGACAUUUUGCAGAUUUUCAGUGAUGAAAAUGCCAACGGGUGUUUUAUCAUGUGAUAUUUGGCUUGCUUUUGGGCUUUGUUGAAAAUUAGUGCAAGUCAAUGUUAAUAAUAGAAGCAGCUGUAGGGAAUGGAAGGUAGAUGAUUUUGUAACAUGUAACACAAGAGAGGGACUUAGUAGGUAAUGGGAGUAAUUAGAAUGGUUAAGACUUGACAAAACAUGUAAGCACUAGUCCUUGAUUAGUUAAUUUCAUGCUUCUUGUGCUCUUAA